AUGGAAGAAUUAGCAAAUGAAGGACAUCUUAUCCAUAGUAUCAAAUUUUUCGUUGUUCUAAUCUUGGAAAUUUCAGCUAUUACUCUUUUUCUUCUCAUUUUUACAUUCUCCAUUACUAAUCGUCAAUAUUUCAAUAAACUACAAAAUCAAGCUUUGUUAAUCUUAUUUAUGGUUAAUUUUACUCAAUUAUCACUUAAUAUACCAAUACUUCUAGAUUUUCUUCGUCUCAAUCGUGUUAGUCCAGCAACAGGCACAUAUUGUAAAACUUGGAUGUACAUUGAGUCUACUCUUGAUGCAGCAAAUGAAUUUUUAGUAGCCAUCAUAUCUGUUCAACGACAUACACUGAUUUUUCAACCAAAUAUAUUACAUAUACGUUUCAAACGUUAUCUUCUAUACUAUCUACCACUUCUCUUCUGUAUUAUUUAUCCAGUUAUUUUUUAUCUGGGUACUAUUAUAUUGUAUUCAUGUGAUGAAGCACAAUGGAACUUUACAUUGAAUGCAUGUGGUGAUACUAUCUGUUAUCUUUCAGAUAACGAAAUAUUAGCUGGAUAUGAUUGGAUAAUGAAUACUGGAUUACCGAUUUUUGUCAUCAUUCUGGGCAAUGUAAUACUUGUCAUCAGAGUAAUUAGACAAAAACAUCGUCGACAACGAGUUGUGUCAUGGUCAAAACAAAGACAUAUGACAUUACAAUUAAUCAGUAUCUCAAGUCUUUAUCUGCUAACAUGGCUACCGAAUGUUAUUAUUGGUGUUAUACAACAGAUAAGUCCAUCAAAUUAUUUAUAUGCAAUAGAAGAAUAUAUUGUAUCAGAUCUUACAUAUUUAAUCUGUCUUUUACUUCCAUGGAUGUGUCUUGGAUUACUUCCUGAUUUCAAGAAGUGGAUGUUGAAACUAUUACAUCGUGUAAAAAAGCCAACGAACAUAGUUGGAACAACGACAGUAAAAACUCGCCAGAACUAA